GCCAGGGGCCGGCCAUGGCGGCGACGCGGGUGCUGCGGGGGGGCUGCUACUGCCAUCGCCGCCUCCUCUCCUCAGCUAGCAGCGGCCGCCCCACGGUUGAGCGCGGGGAGCGGCAGGAGAGCCCGGGCCUGGGGUUCAGUCCGCCUGCACACUCCCGCAGUGACUGGAUCGGCCCCCCCGACAAGCACUCCAACCUGCGGCCGGUCAUCUUCUACGUGCCCCCCGAGGAGUCGGCCCUGGAGCGCCGGCUGCGGGAGGCGCGACAGGAGGCCCAGGCCUGCGACCAGCACUUCUGGGCACGGCACAACCGUGCCUUCAGCCAGGAAAAAGAAGAAUUUAUUUUCUCAAGACUGAAAGCCAAGGGUCUGGAAAUGAGAGAUGAAACAGGUCAAAAAGCAACACUGAAUGCAGAAGAAAUGGCUGACUUCUACAAGGACUUUCUAAGUAAAAACUUCAGAAAGCAUAUGCAGUAUAACAGAGAUUGGUAUAAACGAAACUUUACUAUCACAUUCCUCAUGGGACAAGUAGCACUAGUGAGAGCUCUGAGGUGGCUUCGUUGGAAAAAGAGAAAUGUUGGAAGUUAAUCACAGCUCCAUGAAGAAUGCAACAUUAACUAGGUCUGCUAUAAAAUUAUUGUUUAUAGAGGUGUUCAGAACUUGUAUAACUAAUGUAAUAAUUACUUGGAUCCGUUUGUUAAAUUAUGUAAAUAAAAGUUGCCAUUGGUCUUAAUUUAUACCCUCUAUGUAGAUUUCCUUUACCUUUUAUUCCAAGAAUAUCUAAAGUACUUUCCAAUCGAAACACAACCAAGAAAACUUUAAAAGCUGUUCCUUGUUUAUGUUAAAUUGAAUGUAUCAGAAGGGUCAUUUUUUAACCACAAAGCCAUAGUUCCUAAAUACCAUGUGACUCAGUGUGCUGUACCUGAACUUGGGUCAGAGAAAGAUGUUCCCACCA